AUGGGAAGAGCAGGCCCACACCUGCGUUGGAACAGAAUACUGACUACCAGUUUCACGUUCAACCACAGCAACUACGUGGAGCAGAUCAACCAGAUCACCAUAAACAAAGAGGAGAACAUCACCAAGGAGGAGAUGACUCAAGCCCGAGCAGUUUUGGGAGCAAUCCAACGGAGAGCGAUCCAAAGCGGACCUCAACAUUCCGCAAAGCUUCCCGUUCGCAGAGACAUCUUGCACCAGAUCAACAAAUUUUGCCGCGAAGUCCACGCUCAACGGUUUCAGUCCACUGCCAUCAAGAACUUAGGCAUUCGAGGUGGCUACAUGUUUGCCAUGGUGGACGCGGCGUUUCUCCGUGGACAGAAAGGGAUUGCCAACCCCAUCUCAUGGAGGAGCGGCAAACUCCAGCGUGUUGCCAAAUCUUCCCUCUCUGCUGAGAUUCAGGAGCUGAACCUUCGAAAGCCUGAAGAGGCAACUUCAAAGAUCGCUGGUGCGUGCAUCAUCGACACCAAGUCGGUCUACGAUGCCUUCUACAAAGGCGAAUGUGCAAGCUCUGGUAUUUCCCUGAAGGAGAAGCAUGCGGCUUUGGAUCUCCUGGCCAUCACCGAGAAACUUCGAAGGCAAAACACUGCCUUACUGUGGGUGGCUUCUGGUGCGCAAUUGGCCGACGGCCUUACCAAAGCUGCAGCUGCCGAAGCUCUACUUUACUUUCCACAGCGAGGGCAGCUCCGGGUGGUGAAGAAGGACCCUGAGUUCAUAGCUGCAAAGAAGAAGGCAAAACGCCUUGUAGGAACAGCAUAUCUGAAAUUGCCAGAUCUCACGUGGCAAAACAACUGA